AUGGAGCAACAACUGCAGGACCUUCUGGAGCAGGGAGGCCUCUCACACACCAUUCAGGGCUUCAUCGAUGGCGGUGUCACCAGCGUGCAGCAGCUGAAACAGCUCACAAUGCAGGACUAUCAGUCGGUUGGCGUCAUUGUCAUGACAGACCGUCGUAAACUCUUUGAGCUCAUUCAGUACAUGAAAAGGGAGCAGGCUAACACGUCGUCUGCCACUGUCUCUUCUCCCACCGCGGAGAUUUCGCGCAAAGCGGAUCGUAACUCCCAUGCAACACCUUCAACUGCCGCACGAACCACCACGCCAUCCCGUCGUAAUAGCACACCCUCAGCCGCACAACUUCGGGCGGAGAAUGAGAACUCUUCAUUAUAUGAAACCAAACAAACACCCAUACUGCGACGGGACCCUAUUCGCAUGGGCGACGAGAUGAAUACCUCAACAUCAAAAGCAACACCCAGUUCACGUACUGUGAGUCGAACGACGCACGCCUCUCCCAUUUCUAUUGCUCGCAGAACAGGAGAAGGUGGGACCUCGAAACGCAAAAUGAGUCGAAUCACGGUUGUGGUUCGCAAACGUCCACUAAGUAGUUCAGAGUUGAACGAAGGCCUCUACGAUGUUUUGGCCACAGACCCAGAUAACGAACAUGUUAUUGCCCUUCUGGAGCCGAAGCAAAAAGUAGAUUUAACAAAGUACAUUGAGAAACACCGCUUCACGUACGAUUUGGUGCUAGACGACAAGCAAAAUAAUCGUGAUGUUUAUGAAAAGACAUGUAAACCACUGAUUGAGACUGUUUUUGAGGGAGGAUGUGCCACUUGCUUUGCGUACGGUCAAACAGGCAGUGGAAAAACGUUCACAAUGCUUGGAAAAGACGCCCAGGAAGGUGUGUAUCUUAUGGCUGCAAGGGAUUUGUAUUCUCGAUUAGAAUCUGGUAUGAGUAUUAUGGUUUCUUUCUUUGAGAUUUAUGGGGGCAAGCUUUUUGACUUGCUCAACGAACGCGAAAAGCUUGCGUGUCGAGAAGAUAGUCGUGGUGUCAUCAAUGUUUGUGGCCUGACAGAACACCGUGUCGACGAUACAGGUCAUCUCAUGCGGGUUAUAGACUAUGGAAACUCUAUUCGCGCGGCAGGAUCGACAGGUAUGAAUGCGGAUUCUUCUCGCUCCCACGCCAUUCUUCACAUCACUGUACUGAGUGCCAAAAAACGUUUUUUCGGUAGGUUCACGUUUAUUGACCUCGCGGGUAGUGAACGAGGUGCGGAUACUCUUGACAGCGAUCGCACAACUCGGCUGGAGGGGGCGGAAAUCAACAAAUCCCUGCUUGCAUUAAAAGAAUGCAUCCGGGCUCUUGACCAAAAUCACCGUCAUAUUCCUUUUCGUGGCUCAAAGCUCACAGCUGUGCUCCGGGAUUGUUUUACAGGAAACAGCCGCACCGUCAUGAUAGGCAAUGUAAGCCCUGCAAGUGGGAGUUGUGAACAUACACUGAACACUCUUCGCUACGCAGAUCGCGUAAAGGAACUGAGGAAGGAUAAAUCGACUCGCAUAGCCGCUGAGGAAAUCAUGAUUGGUCAAAUGCCGAGUGAAGAAGUGGAGACACUUGGCCUCAGUGGAACCUUUGCCCAGCGACGGGCGCGUGAGAAAAAGGCGGGCGCCCGAUCUUCAAGUCAGCUCUCACGUGAUCUGGGUACGCCAAACCUGAAACCCAUCGGUGGUGGAUUCACUGGUGCUUACCGACCCAAGGCACCUCAACAGCGCCCUCGGAAGCUUGCAAAGGACGAUGAUUAUCCCAAUUUUUCGGAUAGCCUUCGCUCCAGUAAGUUUACCAGCACUGGGCCUGCCAAAGGGGCUGGCUAUCCCAAGGCAACACCGAAACACAGUCGCGUUGGUAGUGAGGUGUCGAUACGUGAUGCUAGUCCGUAUGAAAUGGGUUUGUUUGAGAGUGCCGACUCCUUAGACGAUGAUGAAGAUAACGUGAUUUUGGGUCACCGCCGUCACAUUGAUGCCAUGAUGGAACUUCUAAAGCAGGAGAUGACGGAGUUAAAUGGGGUUGAGAUGCCAGGCGCAUCCAUUGAGACUUACUGUAGAAAUGUUGACAGUAUAUUGACAAGCCAAGCAAAGAACAUUGAGGGUGUUAGGAGUAUGAUCAGACAAUUAAUGAGGCAUGUAGAGGCUCGUCAGAGACGCUAG